CUUAUCGACAGUGGACGUUGCGCCUCUACUCACAACUGGGGACGACUGAAAGCACUCUUAUAGCUCACUACCAGCCAAAAACACAGACGUAAUGGCAGAAGAAAACCCCGCGCAGACGAUCGCGAAGGCUGCCAAAGCCGCAUUCGAGGCAUCGCAGCUCAUAGCGCCCGCUGAGCGAGUUACAGCGUUGCAAGAAAUACGCAAAGAGCUCGACGCUGCCAAGGAUGCUAUCCUCGCCGCAAAUCGCGUUGAUCUCGAGGCCGCGCAGAAGGAGGUCGACGCGGGGCGUAUGUCGGGAUCUCUGCUCAAGCGCCUCGACUUGACGAAGGGCGACAAAUGGGACUCCAUGCUGCAAGGCGUUAUAGACGUUUCAGAGCUCCCGGAUCCUACCGGCGUUGUCUCGUAUGCGAACGAACUCGACGACGGUCUCGAGCUCUACCGUGUGUCAUGUCCCAUCGGCGUACUGCUGGUGAUAUUCGAAGCACGACCGGAAGUCGUCGUCAAUAUCGCUGCGCUCGCGAUCAAGUCAGGAAACGCCGCGAUCCUGAAGGGUGGCAAGGAGUCCAACGAGACCUCACGCCUCCUUUCGCAAGCCAUUCAAACCGCGCUGUCCAGGACGGCCAUUCCAUCCACCUACAUCCAGACUAUUCAGACCCGAGCCGAGGUCUCCGCGCUGCUCAGCCUCGACAAGUACAUUGACCUCGUCAUCCCGCGCGGCAGCAACGCCCUUGUGAGCAACAUCCAGAACAACACGCGGAUACCGGUUAUGGGGCACGCCGACGGCCUGUGUUCGGUAUACAUCGACGCAUCUGCGGACGCGAAGAAGGCCGUUCGUGUUGCGGUAGACUCAAAGACGGACUACCCUGCAGCAUGUAACGCGGCGGAAACGCUUAUCCUGCACGAAAGCGUCCUCUCAACAAUCUGGCCUGAGGUCGCGAAGGCACUCCUCGCGGCAGACGUCAAGCUCCUCUGCGACGAGCCAUCCCUCGCGGCCCUUUCCGCGCUCUCCUCCGCACCCACCAACCUCUCCUCACACGUCGAACCCGCGACCCCCGACGCAUACGCGACCGAGCACCUGAGCCUCACCCUCUCCGUCAAAACCCUCCCCUCGCUCAGCGCCGCGAUCCAGUGGAUGAACGCGCACUCGUCGCACCACACCGAGAGCAUCGUGACCGAGGACGAGCGCGCAGCGUCGACGUUCUGCCGCGGAGUCGACUCCGCGGGCACGUUCGUGAAUGCGAGCACGCGUUUCGCCGACGGGUUCCGGUACGGGUUCGGGACGGAGGUCGGGAUCAGCACCGGGCGCAUACACGCGCGCGGACCUGUGGGGUUGGAGGGUCUGGUGACGUACAAGUACAUGAUGAGGAGCAAGGGCGCGCAGGGACAUGUGGUGGGUGAGUUCGGCGCGGGAGAGGGGAAGAAGCAGUACAAGCACAAAAAGUUCGCGGCGUCGUCCGUGCCCUUCUGAGAGCGUCAGGAACGACGCCGCGGGCGAAGAAAGCGACACAAUUGUAUUAACAGCUAAGGUGGAGAGAAUAUGGAUACAGAUGAUAA